UGCAUCAAGACAGCAAGCACGGUAAUGCACCGUUCGGUGAUUAAUUUCAACGUUUUUAUUGUAAUUAAUACUUAAAGUGAAAGUUAAAAGAGUGCGCGUUAGUUUUGCACGAAUUAGUGUUGUUAAUAAUGUGACUGAAUUCGCCUAGAAGUGUCCACAUCACUUCAUACAACGCAACGGAUGGAUCACAGUGUUUUGAGUUGUCAUGAUGAUGCUGGUGCGGCUGAACAUGCGCAUGGCGCUGGCGGCGCUGUGCGGCGGCGUGCUGCUCGUCACGCUGUACUGGGGCCGCUGCGGCGACGUGACGCGGAGACCUAUAAGUUCAGUGCUAUCAAACGCACUGACGGAGCGGUCGAGCGAUGAGAUUGAGUGCUGGAUCAACGGCGAGUACUCGGUGGCGUGUCUGCGCGACCGCGACCAGGUCUACGUGCCAUUUUCAUUCAUACACAAGUAUUUUGAGAUAUACGGCAAAAUAACUUCAGUAGAUGGCGUGGAAAAGUUCGAGUGGUCCCACAGUUAUGGCAAAGUUUACCACCCGAAGAAGAAAUACGAUCCCCGGGGGACUUUUGCGACUUUCGAAAACUAUAACGUCGAAGUCCGCGACCGAGUCAAAUGCAUCAGUGGCAUCGAAGGUGUACCAGUUUCCACCCAAUGGGAGCCGAAAGGGUUCUUCUAUCCGACCCAAAUAGCACAGUUUGGGUUAGCACAUUACAGCAAAAAUAUUACUGAACCAGAACCUAGAAUAAGGAUCAUAGAAGACGGGGAAAAGUUUCACGAAAAUUGGAUCGUCAGCACAGACGCUGUGAUGACCAGGGAGUAUGAUCCAGAGCUAAAAGCUAAUGUUUUAAGGUUUUCGACGACAAACCACGUAUCGAGCCAAGUGUGGUUAAAAGUUAAUAUCACCCAGGAUUUUGUUUUGAGUAUGGAUCUAAUGUUGAAACCUAAUUCGUCAAUGACAGUGGUUUUACAGAAUAAAGAAAAGAAGGAGACGGUGUACCUGCAUUAUGUGACGAGUAAGCAGUUGAUAUAUGCACAGGAGGACCACAUUUACUACGGCAUCGGCGUGGACCAGAAAUGGCGACGCCUCACUCGGGACCUCAUUAUUGAUAUGCAGAAGGGUUGGGCGCUACAAGACCGGCCCAAACGGAAAUCGCCGAGAAAUAAGUUUAAGAUAUCGAGUAUAAUCCUGAGCGGGUCGGGCGCAGUGAGCAACGUGAAGGUGUCGUCGUCGUCGCACAUGGCACACUUCUUCGCGGCCGCGCGCUGGCUGGUGGGCGCGCAGAGGGCGCGGGGCGGCUGGCCGGUGCACGCGCGGAGACGCCUGGCGCCCGCCGCGCCCGACCUUAAACCUGGAUGGCACUCAGCGAUGAGCCAAGGGCACGCGAUAUCGGUCCUAUCUCGCGCGUAUCACCGCAGCGGCGACACGAGCUACCUGCGCGCGGCGCAACGCGCUCUAUACUUGCUGGACGUUCCCAGCCACUCCGGCGGCGUCAAAGCGAUGUGGAUGGACAAGUAUCUGUGGUACGAAGAAUACCCAACAAAGCCGCCCCUCUUCGUCCUAAACGGCUUCAUAUACACGCUCCUGGGCCUCUACGAUCUACACGUGAUCGAAGGUGAGAACUCCAUCUCUCUAGCCAAGAAAAUGUUCGACGAUGGCAUGCUCUCCCUCAAAGCCUUACUCCCUCUGUUCGACACGGGCAGCGGAAGCUUCUACGACCUAAGACAUUUCACCCUCGGAGUGAGUCCCAAUAUCGCCAGAUGGGACUACCAUGCGACUCAUGUGAACCAGCUGUACCUUCUAGCUAGUCUCGAUUCUGAUCCGAUUUUGAUUAACACGGCCAAAAGAUGGGAGGGCUAUAUGCAAGGGAAACGGGCGGCUCACAAUUGACGUAUCAAAUAAUUGUAUAAGAAAGAAAGUGAAUUUAUUCAAUGGUAGUGUCACGUAUAAACUUUGACAAUACUUAGUAUAAUACCCUAUCCGUGAAAAGUAGUAAGUAUAUCACUCUUUCUGAACAAAUGAUAGAGCCAAAAAUCUUAGUG